CCCUGAUUUAAUUGAAUGCAUUAGAAUAAGAUCUGAUCAAGAAAAUGUCAAUGGCCGUGAGUUGUUAAUGAGGAUGCUUGAAGUUUUGGUUUUAAAACUAUUGCAAAGCUGCAACUGCCUGUUCUGCAGAAAAAAGUUUCUCAACCUUUAAAACCUCAAACCUUGGCUAUUCCUGCCUCACACUCUGCCCCUUCCAUAGUUGCCUUUUCAAGCUCCUCCCUUUCAAAUGUAACACCUUCCGUACCUGCAGCUCAGCAUAUCACCACACCACAUGUUAAUCCACUAAGCUCUUGGAUUCCUCCCCGGUGGAGUUAAAGUAAAGACUGAAGUUCCAUUCAGGUGGUCUAUUAGACCGACUAAAUGAAAAAAGAAAUAAGGAGAUGGAGAAAUACAAUGUUAGGUUGGAACCUGGAAAAAUCUAUCAACAAACCUAGAAAAAGAAAUUUGGUGUUCCUGCUUCUCAGGCAGCAAAUUGUAACAUUGCAGAGUGUAGAAGCUUAGUCAAAACUUUAGUAUGCGCAGCAAAAAUAGUUAUUUGGGGAAUAACGGCUUGCAAGUUUUCUGGCGAUUCAAACACUAAUCCAAGUAAGCAGUACCAACAUAAAGAAACUCUAGUUUUUAUUAGAUUGAUGUAUGCUCUACAGUCUUUGGAUAUUUAUACAUUAAAAGUCCCUACUCCUGGACAAGCUGUUCAGCAGCGACCAAUGACAAAUAAUUUACAAACGAUGCUCACUAUUUACUGUAAACAUUAUCCUGGUGAUGAUGCAGACAUGGUUGCAGAUCAAAACAAAGCUAUAUUUGAAGUUGAUCAAGAACUUGUACGACAGCUGACUCAACCAAAUACAUGUGUUAGAGAUCAGAGAAAGCUAUGCAUUCAUUGAAAGUAAUUACAGAAGUUAGAAAUGCAAGCAUCAAUAAUAUUAUUUAGCCACAUAAAAAACUUCUCGUUGGUUAUGUUCCAUUGCGAAAACACAAUUUACGACACCAGCCUGUGCUAUCUCAAAUGGGGUUGUUAGGCGGGAAUACUUUCUGCAUCACUUUAGAACCUUGUCUUUUCUCAUAUGGCUUGUUCUGCUUUGGAGAUCAGAUAACCACCAGGGAAACUCAAGCACAGUUCUUCAGUCGAUUUCUCUUACAAUCUUCAAAAUAUUUCUUAUAUUCAAACGGUAAAAGAAUUAUGCUUAUUGAGGAGUUUCCAAAUGCUUUUAUAAGAGAUCCGACACUGCUUCAUUGCAUUCUAAGUUUUAAUGCAAUUGCCCCAACCUUGAUGAUGAAAGUGCUCACAAAAAUUAAUAACUCACCAAAGGUGCAUUCCUGCUACAAAAAACUAAGCAAGUCUGAAAUUGAAAAUAUUGUUGGGGAUUCUUUGGGAGAUAUACGGAAUGCCAUAAAUUCUAUGCAGUUCAUGUGCAUGUCUUACUUUAAGAAGCCCUUAUCUGUGCAAGGGAGUGUUUCUUCUUCUGAAGAUGGUAGUAAAAGGGAUUCCUCUCUGUUUCUAUUUCAUGCAUUGGGAAAAAUUCUUUACUCCAAGCGUGAUGCAUCAAAGAAAUCAAAUCAAGAUGUACUUCCUACUCAUCUGAAAAUGUUUGAAAAGGAUCCUCUCAUUUCUUAUCCUGAAGAAGUGUUUGAUAA